UCUCUUGCGAUCGCGAAACUGCGCCUGCGCGAUGCACUAUUGAUAUUUUUAAUGAAUGUUUGUGAGCAAACGACUUGAUCUGCAUUGUAUUUGUAAAAGGUAACAAAUCCUCAAUUUCAGCUGACGAGAACAUAUAGUAAUCGGACACCUCAUUUUUGGUUAAUUUGACACAUCGACGCCGGCUCAAUCAUGUUUAGUGGUGGCUAUACAGCUCAAAAGUUAAAGACCAAUCUAAAGCUUACUAUCAACAGAUUGAAGCUUUUGGAGAAAAAGAAAACCGAACAGGCUCAGAAGGCAAGGAGAGAAGUAGCAGAUUACCUUUCCAAUGGGAAAGAUGAUAGAGCAAGAAUAAGGGUGGAGCAUAUUAUCAGGGAAGACUAUCUGGUAGAGGCUAUGGAGCUUGUUGAACUCUACUGCGAUCUCCUCUUGGCUAGGUUUGGCCUCAUCAAAACCAUGAAGACGGUCGACGAGGGACUCCAAGAAUCCAUUGCCAGCGUGAUCUGGGUGGCUCCUCGCAUGUCAACAGAUGUAUUAGAAUUGAAAGUGAUUGCUGAACAAUUUAGAGGUAAAUAUGGCAAGGAAUUCUUCGAGAUCUGUGUGGCAGACCGAGAAAACUGGGUCAAUUUGAGGUUGAAGCAUAAGUUGAGUGUGAAAGCCCCUGCUGCGUCUUUAGUGGAGAACUACCUGAUUGAGAUUGCACGGAGCCACAAUGUUCCAUAUGUUCCUAGCCCAAUGGCUUUCAAUGGUGAAGAUAUGGAGCAAUUGCUCAUCGAUAUGGACGACAAGGGGAAGCCCCCAUCGGGUCCCCCAGGGGGUCCCAGUGGAGGUGGUGGUGGGGGCGGAGGCAUGCCUAUAGCACAGAUGCCAAGCGCCCCUCCACCACAGCCUCAGCCUCAGGCACAGGCACAGGCACCGACACCAUACCCUCCAGCAGUACACCCUGGAAUGGCCUAUCCACCUCAGCAUAACAAGGGUGGUCCCCCACCCCUCCCUUGUAAACCCCCAGUGGGGGGCUUACCUAAUGGACCGCAACCACCAAUGGGUGCAGCCGGUGGCUAUCCACAGAUGCCAAACCCUCUCCCACCCAGUGUGCCUGCUCCACCAUAUGAAUUUCAUGACAGCAACCCAACUCCAUACCCUCCUCCAGCAGCUACCAACACCCCUACCCAGCCUCCGGUGAUGCCCCCCUCCCAGCCCCCCACCUCUCAGCUGCCCAGUGAUAGUAUCCCCAACCUCCCUGCCGUACCCAUCAACUCAUUCCCUCCCCUCGAUGCCACCGUCGGGGGCAAGUCCGCAGGAGGGGAGGACGUGGACUUCGAUGACCUCACCAGAAGGUUUGAAGAACUCAAGAAGAAAAAAUAAACUAUUAUCACUCUCAUUCUCUAUUUUCUGAUCAUAUAUUAUUUAAUUCAUAACCGAUUUACCGGUAUGUAAUUUCUUACUACAUAGAAGUUUAACUAUGUUUUUGAAAAAACUUUUGUAAUAUUAUGGAAGCAGCGAAACUGUUGACUGAACCUGCAAGAGUAAAAGUUCUUCAUUUAUUUUAACAAGCAUGUACUACAUGAAUUAUAUAAUUAUGUCACAUAGAAUUAUAACAUAAAACAGAUAAUUAAUUGCAUAGGUUGUAUGGUUGCAUUGUGUAAGAUGAAAAUAUAUUUUGCUGAAAUAUUCUUAGCUAAGUGUGGUGAAGAUUCUUAGACUUUUACACUAGUGCAGCGUGAAGUUUGUGUAAUUGACUAUAGGAGACUAUGAAUAUAUUAAGUCUAGCCUUUUCAAACAAUCUCAUUUAUGAAAAAUUAAAUAAUCAAGUCAUUUGUGACUGUCAAAAAGAAACAAGGAAAUUGCCUUAACACAUGUCGAUGUUCUUUCAUUUUUGUAAAUGUUUCGUUAGUUCUGUUGUGCUUGAUGCAAUUGCUGUAAGCCAUAUUCAAUAUAUACCGAUAUUGGAUAAAUUUCUCCCUUCUAACUCAUUGAGUUCUAAACCUGAGAUACAUAUAAUUGACUUAAACUCAUGAAAAUGUAUUCUGGGUGAAAACUCAACAAAUUCUGAUGGUUAAAUGGUAUGAAUCAUUGUUUGUAUUGAAAUACUAGAUGAAACAAUAGUAGGCUGUUAGGUUCAUUUUGAAUCACUCACUUCUGUCAUUCAAGUUAUUUUAUUCCGAAUUGAAUUGAAUUGAAGAGGUGUAUUGCUAAAAAAAAUUAUUCGCGGCAAAAGGUCCAAUU